AUGGAUCCAGGUUCGAUCCUGGGCUUGCUGGGCUCUGCGGGCGCCAUCACCGCCUGCAUCGUCGGCACUCUUAAAGACCUCACUGACCUGAGAGCUAAAUUCGCCGUCGCCGACACAAACAUUAAACUGCUCAAGUCCGAACUCACGGCCAUCAAAAGCGCCCUAGACCGGAUACAUGACUGGGCAAAGUACAAUCUGGAAGAAGAUCAGACCCAAGCGCCAAAGCUGGGUGAGGGUCUGGGGGCCAUACUCGAGGGAUGUAGGGUUGCAAUGGAGGUUUUGGCUGAAGAUGUGGCCGAUCUCCUCAACCCGAACACACUCGAACAGGGCCAGUCGCACUUGCGUCUUGGGUUUCGAGAUAAAACGAGACUUAUCUGGCAUGAAGGCGCUCUCAGAGAUCACCAGGAGAGACUCUCUCGUCAGACGGGGGCGCUCCAUUUGCUCCUUACUGCUAUACAGUGCACCAACAUCUCUGAGCAGACCAGGCUUCUUCGUGCGCCAGAAAAUCGACAGAAAAUCCAGGAUGUCGUCGACGAUACCUCGACUAUCCGUGCGGCACGGAGUCAGCGUGCUUCAAUCGCGUCGCCUUCGAUCAAGAGCGGUACAUCGGCUAUACCGAGCAGGGCUUUUCCGUUCGACGAAGAGCUUCUGAUGACCGAUGCCUACCAACAUGCUACUCAACACCGAAGAUCCAAGUCCGACUCUCGUCGUGAUCCCAUCCCUCGGCGACCUGAUUUGAACAUACAGAUUCAGGACCACCUCCCAAUUGAUGAGGGUUACGAUACUAUGAGCAAGACCACGUCGGAUUCGACGCCGUCGGCCAGUCACUUGUCCCCUACGUGGUCUCGCGGGUCCACCUCGAGACCCCUCAGACCCUACGAAACGAACCCCAUGCGAGCAUCUGAUCCCGGCAAUGUCUAUAAGAUUCAAACGACCAACCUCAGCGGACGUUUCGAUUCGAGCUCGCGGCCGCCAUACUCACCGCUGCAGUCACCCACCGUGAAGACGGUCGACAGGAAGAAGUCUUUUUGGCACAGUUUGCGCCGGAAGAGCGAUUCGGCAAUUGACGAGCACACCCGGCAACAAGAUAUCAAGAGCCCCAUCCCCGGCUCUCAGCGCGGCAAGAAGGGAUUCGAGAAUAAAUUCCACACCAGCGUCGACUUGUCGACCCCGGCUUCAAAGAAAUGCCCACCGAUUGUGCGUGCGGCUCAAACGGGCUCAAUCGACGACAUUGAAUCUUUGCUGGAGGCCCACGCGGACAUAGAAGAAUGUUACUGGCCGAUUGGGCGGAAUGCAAUGGCAGUGGCAGCACACUGUGGCAAUGAAGAGGUUGUGGAGCUCCUCCUUCGCUAUGGUGCCAAAAUGUCUCGGAAGGACAGCCUGCAUUAUACGCCACUGCAUCUCGCUGCCAGCAGGGGUCAUGUAGGUGUGUUACAGCUCCUCGUCUCUGAGGACGUGCCGCUCGAGGAAAAGGGCCCGAACGACAAGACUGCCUUACGUCUCAGCUGCGACAGUGGGCACCUCGAGGCCGCAGAAUUCCUACUUGCUCAUGGCGCCAAAGUGAAUGCGCGCGAUAAGAGCAACCUGACGUCGCUGCACGCGGCAGCCCAGCGCGGAGACCUUCACACGGUUGCCCUUCUGAUUAAGUACGGUGCACAUGUCCAAGCAAAAGAUGCCAAAUUUAUGGACGCCCUGCAUUACGCCUGCGAUGGAGGCUUCAACAGUGUUGUUGAGCUUCUCCUCAGCAAGAAGAUUGACAUUGAGACACCAGGCAACGAGGGCAAAACUCCACUCAUGACUGCGGCUUCGGCAGGUCAUGCACACACAGUGGGGUUUCUUCUGAAGCGGAAAGCCUCGUUGAAAAGCAAGGGCUUGGGGGAUAUGACCGCUCUACACUGGGCAGCGUUUAAUGGUCACGUCGAGGUCGUCGACCUUCUUGCGCAAAAGAAGGCGCAAAUCAACGCGGUUAAUGUCGACGGCAGAACUCCACUUCACCUUGCAGUUAUGGCAGAGCAUUUCGCCGUUGUCGAGUUGUUGUUGCGCAAGAAUGCUGCUCUCGAAGCUCAAUGCAAGGAUUCAUUCAGGCCGCUGCACUACGCCUGCGGUUUUGACAAUACCGACAUUGCACUUCUCCUCCUCCGCUCGGGAGCCGAUGUCGAAGCGAGUGCCAGUGCCCAGAACCGACCUCUGCACCUUGCGAUAACCCACGGCAACAUAUCCAACGUUACAAUGCUUCUUGAACACGGCGCGAAUAUCGAUGCACGCAAUGCACACGGCGAUCGUGCUCUGCUCCUUGCAAGCAGUCACGGCCACACGGAGAUCGUCAAGGUCUUGCUGGAUCGGGGCGCUCCUCUGCGUUCCAAGUUCGCGGUCGGCCCGUCUCACGAGGACUCUCCUCUUUGCAUUGCGGCCAAGAAUGGGCAUUCUGACGUGGUCGACCUCCUUAUUGGUCGUGGUGCCUCCGUAAGAGAAAAGGACGAGCAUGCCUGGCAACCGUUGCGCUACGGCGCAUACUAUGGUCAUCCAGAGGUGGUGGAGAGGCUUCUUGCCGCUGGUGCCUCGAUCUCAGGUAUUCAGACGUGGGGCUUCAACCUUACCGCAGACAGGAUUGGCUUCGCACAGAACGUGAACAUCCCCGAGGAUCGAAAGGAGCAUGUGAUGAUUCUGCUCCAAAACGCAGAAGAACGGGAGCGUCUGAUACAGGAGAGCGAGCUUGCGCGGCCUCCCCGACGUCCCGUGGAUGAUGGUGGCUUCCCUGAGCUCGACCAGGCAACUCAACCCACACAUGUCGAGUUGAGGUCGUCCACCACUCGAGCGGGACCAGGCAAGCUAUCUCGGCGGUUCUCCUACGAGGCACCAUCGCAAUCACGAUCGGAAUCGCAAUACUCGGAUAGUGAUCAGCCUCAAGAGCCGUCGUAUAGUGUGUCUCCGCUGCCACCGGGGCAACCUGAGCUCGAUGGUCGCCGGAACAGAUCAGAACCAGAUGCAGUCUCGCCGUUGCCCCACCACAUGAGAGCCCAAUCAGAAGUACAAAUACCUGCUUCUGCGUCCUCGGCGAACAUGGACACCCCUCCCGCCAGAACAAAUUCUGAGCACAUCUCGUCCCGGUACAGAGACGUCACAAGACGAUGGCGAGAAGCCGUGGCCGACAGGCCCAACCGCUCCGCAACAGUAGCCAGUAAUGUCUACAACCUCAGAAGGUCGGAAGUAUCUCAACCCAGCGCAUUCUCACCCGGGCCUUCCGCCAUGUCAUACCAGACCGUGUCUGACAUGGACAGGCCUAGUCCUGGUCCUGCAUACCAGAGCGUCGGUACUUCGUUUAAUACGUCCUCGAUGCCGUGGAGUCCAGAUUCGAUCACUCAGCCUCCUGUCGAGAGUGUAGCCAGUCCUCCUCCUCCGCCGCCGCCGACGAGAACCCCGCCUCCACCGCCAAUAGGGGCUGAGAGUGAAGUUCGUCCAUGGCAGGUGAUGCCGGUGGGGCGGGUCGAGAUGGGAUAG